AUGGCGCGCCCAUCCCAUUCCCAGCCUUCCUCUCGAGUCACUCGAGAGCGAAAUGAAGGCAUUGACGCCAGCUCUGUUGUUGAGGGCCGCACACGUACAAACCGGAAAGCUUCCAACAAGAAGGAACAGCAGUACCGGGACGAAAUCGAUUCCCAGAAGGAGAAAAUUGCAAAGCUUCAGCGCAUGCUCCAGCAAACCAGCCGUGAGCAUGAUUCUGAUGAAGAGUCCGAGCAUGACCUCAACAGGCCUGAGAGUGAGGAGGAGGACCCACCUCCACAUGGAGGAGCAUUCUCUUCGAACUUUGCGACUUUUCGCCAGCGUACAGAGUCAGUCCCUCCAAGUCCACCCCACAAGAGACUCCGUCGCUAUGACGAGGCCCGCCAGGCAGAUGCAGGAGGUGCAGCCGCCCCCAUCAAUCGGCAGGAGGACACCAAUGCUCGGGCUGCCCCUACUCGCACUGUCCCAACCCCUACCCCUGCAGGUCAACAACAACUGCCAGAUCGCAUCCGUAGCCCAACUGGCAACGCAGUCGACAUCAGCCCUGACCCCAUCCCUCCCCCGUUGAAGCCGGGGGUCAAUGGUGACAGUGUCACCAAAGGCAAGUGCUCCGACUACAAGGCCCCUGCAUCUGAUGUUAUCCUCCGUGGCAUCCGUGACUACGAAGCUCGCGUGCUCGGAGAGAACCCCUUCCCCAGUGCCGAGGACCAAUACCAGUGGGCUAUCGAUGCCAUAGGUGUUGCUAACCGCGAGAACCGAAAGCGCAACGCCGGCCGCCCUGUCCCAACGUAUGAAGCUACUGACCGUGUGGUUCACGUGAUCAAGAUACGUCACUCUCAUGCACGCGGGCAUCUUCUUGAUCCGACACGAAUGGCCAUUGUUAAUCAAUUUGGGGUCAAGAAGUCACCCGCCAACAAGUCCGAGGCGGCCAAAAAUCUCCGCCGGGUGGACUGGCUCCUCACUGACAAUCGUUACACAUUGUUGCAUCAGGACCGGGGGGUCGGGCUUGCAAUGCAUCCCAUCCUUAUUGACAUUGUCGCUGACGGUUUGCUCCGCAAGACCUCGUCCGGUGCUCUUCUUAGCACGAAGUACUUCCGGCCCAUCAGUCUCCGGACCAUUGCCCUCAUGUUUACAGUGAUUCACUUUUGUCUCAGGGAGUAUCGUGAUGGUGACGGCUGGCUGUCGCAGGCCAAGAAGUUUUCGGUGGAUGACACUAAUAACAAGACUGUUUAUGAGGAUAAGCUCGAACGUCUUCAUCAGUGGGAUCAGCUCGAUCCCAACAUCUCGCGUAUGAUCCGCACCAAUAUCUUUGACCAGGCCUAUUUUAUGACCCAACACGAGAAGUUUGACGAUGGGAGCCAGCCAGCUGGGCUCCUGGACUCGGAGAAGGAGGCUGAACGAACCCUGAUGCGUGAGUAUUAUAAGCAGUCAUUGUCAUCGGGGGAAGCUUCAUCAUCGGGCGGUGCUUCACUGCCGGAGGGUGCUUCAUCAUCGGAUGGGGCUCCCAUGCUGGAGGGAGGUUCAUCAUCAGGUGGAGCUGCUGUGCCGGAAGGAGCGUCAACGUUGGGAACAGCUCCGUCACCGGAGGGAGUUUCGUCAUCAUCGGAAGCUUAAUCAAUAGAAUAUCUUGUACAGUUCGCAUUACUAGACGUCC